UGGGACGCAGAGACAAACGAAGCGUAUGCGCUGUUUUACCGUCUUGCAUUUUUAAUGGCGAGGAGGAUGACAUUUCAAAAAGAGACACACCUGUUAGCAGCAUUUCAUUUCUUAAAACUAAUCGGUGAAUCGUAAUCAGACGGAUAGCCGAGUCGACGAUAACAGGGGGGAUUUAAUCGAGUUUAAUCUAGAACGACUGUCGCUACUGGACAUCUACGCAUGAUGCAUUGCACCAGUUUUGAGAAAAUGGGUGUUUUUAGCCUCAUUCUCAGGAGAGAGUACAUGAUCCGAGAUGUCGGCUCGGUUCUUUAGCCGCCGUAUCGUUUUAUUGUGCUGGACUCAGAACAAUAUCUCCUGCGGCGACCUGCAACAUGGGGCCCAUCAUGCAGGAGCGCACAGCAUCCACGACCCUGAAACGCGUCGUCUCCAAAGAGAAGAUCCGGGUAAAAGGUACUGAAAACAACGGUUCUGUAACCAGUUCAAAGAAAAGUAACAAGAUGAAGAAAGCAGGGGGGCAGAUGAAAAAUGGUCUCCCAGGACCAAGUCAGGAUAAGGACACAGCGACAACAGUGCAGAAGGGUGCACAGGCCAAAGGUGGCAGAAUCAAAUCUGGCUCUACACGCAAUACAAGCAAAGUCUCCAGCCCUGAAGAAGGAGAUUCAAGACCUCGAGUUCGCAAACAUUUAUCUGCGCACAGGAAAGAGGAGCAUCAGGAAAGUCAGCGUGUAUCCCAGUGCAGCAACGAGCUCCUGCCGAACCGCGGGGGGGUGGGGAAAAGUCGGCGAGCUCUCUCCCUGCCUCUGUCCCCAAUAUCGGGGCUACGACACAUGCCAGCCUACCCUCUAACACACUCCCCCGGCCUCACCCCGGAGGCGCUGCAGCGGCACUACCACCAGAAGGAGGAAGACACAGACAGUGCCAGCGAUCUGUCGGAUUCCGAGAGGCUGCCUGUCCUGCCCUCCCCCUGCACCCCCUGCACCCCUCCCCACCUCAACCUCAGGGCCGAGGUCAUCAACACCAACGACUUCCCCCCGGACUUCCCUGGACCUCAUGGGGCUGUGGGGGAUGAAGAUGUGAGCGAAAAGCCCGCCUACAGUUACCCGGACUUUCUUCCUCCUCCAUUCAACACUUGGAGCCUGAGACAGCUGGCGGUGUUCCUUCACACGGAGGGCCGCGGCGCCCCCCGGCCCAAGCCUGUGGGGCACUUGGAGAAGUACCUGGAGAGGCUGCUGCAGCUGGAGUGGCUUCAGAUCCAGACGGUGCAAGCAGAGAGCAGCCGUCCGCCUGGCAGCCGCACAAGGCCUCAGAGCUUCCCCUCCGCCACCACCGCCCAACAACCGAGGCCUCACACGGCACCGCCAUCCCGACUCAACUCCCCCAAAGGGCAGCGGCACAGCCAGCGAGCCUUCCCGUUUUCACCCGUCAACAACCCCCCGUCACCUGCGUCAGCCCAGCAACAGCAUUCCCGCUUUCCGGUUUGCCCUCACUGUCAUAUUCGCUACCCGUUGUGUAAUGGAAGCUGCUCCGCCAAUGCCUACCAGCGGCACUCCAGGCUCAGUCCCUUGCUUGAGCGGGGAGCGAGACCCGGAGCAGCAGCCAAGAGGAGCAGCAGCGAGACCCGAGCGACCUCGACAGAAGUUAGGAGCCCGGGGGGACAGGGUGGAGGACAAGGCGGGGGAGGAGGAGGAGGAGGAGCCCAGACCCCAGUCAGCCCCUCAGCUUGCAAAAGUCAUCUCAGACACAUGCAGGCUUCAGGCAACGCCCGCAAGCCAACCCAGGAAUCCGGCACCAACCCAAAUAGCCGAGGUCAGGUCAGGAAAAGCCGCGUCCGAGCUAACUCGGAGACCGAUAUUAAAAAAGAGCCCUGCGUCAGUAAAACAGCUGUUGCAGAGAAACGUGUUUUUGCUGCAGGUAAGAGAGAGGUCAUCACCUCUAAGAGAGUGGAGAAGGACUGGCAGAGGAUAGACGCUGUAGGCCAGGCCUCUAAAACUGCCAUGAAAAGAGCUGCUAAAGAGCCACAGCCUCUCUACAAAGCGCCGCCUAUAAGUAAGCAGAAUGGCAAAACUAAAAAUGUGCACUUUGUUGCGAAGUAACAGUUAAACUGUAACUAGAGGUUACUUGGUGCAGGAAAUUGAAGCUAAGCUUGCUUUCUGUCUAAUAUAUUAUACUAACAUGUUGUAACUGUCAGCCAACAAGACGCUAUGCAGCUAGAGAUAAAACAGGCAAUGUUUUCAAGGCAUAGUAUGACGCUUGAAUAGAAAACCGAAUUAUACACACUGUAUGUCUUUCAAAAUACACAAUAAGUAUACAAUUCAAUUAUUGGAUUGUGUUUGGACACAAGGCUCAAUGUGAUCCAAACCACUGCUAGUAAAACGAAAAUCCCAGCUUUUAUGUAAAUUGAAUCCUGCUGCACAUCAUGAUCAUCAUCAUCAUCUCCCAGUAUACUACUAAUGUCUAAAUAGGUAGAAAAUAAGAUUCUGCUGUACCUUUUGACGGCUUCCAGCACAAACAAUCUAUAGUAAAGUUAAACACAGAUCAUUAAAUUAAAGACCAUAGCCGUUACUAGUGGGGUUUGUGAUGUUGGAAUGUAGUCGUUUUCAAUGCUCUUACUUUUCUUGACGUUACAUUUUAUCAUUCCUUUGGCGCAUCAUGUUUUAAGAUAUAUGUUCAAUUCAAGCAUCUUUGGCUGAAAAGGAGGCACAGUGAGCGGUGGUGUACUGCAGUGAUGUGAUUUGACUGUCAGACUUGUGCAAUUGUUUAAAAUGUUUGGAUACAAGGGCUUUUCAUGUUUGAACAGCUUGAAUUGUAGGCUAUGAUAUGAUACUGUAUUUUGCAUAGAGCUGAGCUCUUUCUAUCAAUGGACACGGUGUAAUGUUUGCUACGAAUGUAAAUGCAUAUUUUUCCAAAUUUUAUAUACCAUAGUUAUAUUUAUGAAAAGUGUUGUGGUUGACUUGUAUUUAUCAUUGCCAUUAUUUUCGUUAACAUUGUCAUGCAAAAGAAGACAAUAUUUAGUCAAGAGCUGGAUGUAACUUGGGGUCUACGGCAUUGGUCAUCCCUGUAAUUUAAUGGAACUUCUAAACAUCAUAGCUGUUAUGCUGUAACAUGGUGAUGUUGUACAUAUCACGUCCAUUUCACACUGCAUACUUGAAGUCUGUAGAAAACUGUUUACAUUAGCGUGUCCUAUGUUUGUUGUGAUUCACCCUGUGCACUUGAUCCAUGGGAACUCUACAUCAAUGUAAAAAAUGUGAAAUAUAUCAAGAUUGCAGCUCAUUACUCAUUAUUAAAGCCAUAGAUAAGGGGCCUGGAGGGGAGAUAUUGAUGCAUUAUACACACAUUGUGUACUUUGGGUUGACAUGGACGCAGAAAGAUUGUAGUAUGUAUUUUCUCAAUGUUGAAUGCAAGUGUUUGUAAGGCAUAGAAAUAAAUGUUUUGCACUCAA